AUGAUCCGUCGCGAUUCAGACAUUGAAGUCCAGCUGCCUGAUGCUGGCCCUGCUGUUGCGCCUGAUAACCUGAACGAACCGGACGUAGAGAUGCUGUCCGAUGACUCGACCCCUCCUUCACUAAGUCUUCCCGCCCAUCUCGCCGCGCGUUUCGCCCGGAAGCCCAGCCUGGUUCGACGCUCUUCCGCAGCUUCAUCCCGACGGAGCUCGAUUUCCUCCCUACACUCAAAUGCGGGCUCCCAUGGAGCAGCCUCCCCCGAGCAUAUCGCACAGCACUUACGACGAGCGUCGAUCCUCGAAACCCGCAAAGCAAGACUUGCGGACCGCGCGUUGCAUGCGGAGAAAGUGAGGCUACGUGCUGCGCUGGCCAAAGCUGCCACCCGAAAUCUGCAGAGAGAGGAACGGGCCCUGGCCGCUCAGCAAGCUCGAGAGCGCUUACUAGCGGAAAUCACAGCCAAGUGCGAGGAGGAAGUUCGACGCGCAAAGAAGAAGGCGGAAGACAUUCGCGAAAAGAAAGCUGCAGAGCACGCUCGCCUUCGACUCGAAAUGGCCGAGAAGUUUGCAGAGGCAGAAAGGCGGCGGUUGCUAUACCAGCAGACCCCUAGACGACAGCGCACAAGCAGUAUGCCUACUUCUGAAGAGAAGAAAACACUGGAAGUGACAAUGAGACGCAUUACCGAGGACACCGCUACACGCAAGAUUCAGCGGUCAUGGAGGCUAUACCGGGCGAGAAAGGUGAUGAGAGAGUUUCUGAACCUCGAUCUCACCACACAGCGCCUUGCCAAUAUGGCCUUUGAGGAUGUUGGUGCUUUGUUAUCGGAGGAGCAAGUACUAUCUACGACCGCCCGUGUCCUUCGACUUUGCGGUCUGCAAGAUAUGGAGAGCGGGACAGUUGGCGGCAGAGGUGCCGUGCGUACAUUCCUGAGCAGCUACUUGAUUGUCACACAUCCUGCCGCAGUCUUGAGCGGUGAUGGUGAACAGGAACAGGAUCUGAUUUCCAAAGCUCGGGAUCUUCUCUCUUCGUUUGGGCUCGUGACACCCUUGCUUUCUUCUGGUUAUUGCUCACCGGUUUCCGAGCUUCAGACGUUAUGUGAAGCCUACAAUGUCUUUUUUUCCGCCUUCCAUGCUUGGAAGACCCAUGAUUCGAGCGUCCUGAUUGAGAUCAUGCUCGCUCAGUUUAUCGAGCUAGAGUUGAUUUGGCAGACUGUCAAGGAUGACACAGCUGGCGGUGUGGCUGAUGAUUACCGUCAAGGUAUUAGACAGAAUCAGAUUCUGCUUCUUGCUAGACUCAAGCGCCUGGCGGGACCUGACAGGGCUAUGCAAAUGGUGCGCGAUGCGCUGAAAAAGGCUAAGAGACAAAAAAAGAAGUCUUCUUCCAAACGGGCCAUCCCGCGGUCAGCGGAAGUUGCGCCGGCAAGGGCAACAACCGAAGGUCUUACUGAGAGUGUUGCCUCGCCCAUCAGCGAGAGCUUCAACAAUGUGGACAGCGUAGUUCUUCAAGAAUACGAAAGGCAGCGCAUAUCUCCCCAUGAGCGAUUUACCAGGAUCUUGACGGCUCUUCCCGAGAACCGUGCCUUGGUUCACGAGCUCCUUAUCAACAAAGAAUUCAAGAUCGAGGAGAAAUCGUACACGGAGCCCCGCAAGCAGAUAAUGGAGCAUAUGUGUGCUCUGAUGCGGCGAGAUAUGGAGGCUGGGUUGGGCACGAACUGGAUUGUAGCGAUGGCUACAGUGAUUCAGGAUCGUUUAUUACGCUCUCUCCGGCCUGGAAACUCCCUUCAUGUUCUAAUCAGUGAGGUUCUUGACCCAAAACUGGUUGAGAGCCAGUGCAAUGCCGGUGCUUUCUCUUAUGACGCCUUUUUCAACUUCAUGAACACAAUUCUUCCGAAGCUCUGCGCACCCUAUCGUGACCCUGUUGUCAAGGCAUUCGCGGAGGACUUGUCGGGAGAUGCAAUCGAUCGCCUGGCGAGGCUUAUGGGCCUCAUUGACCUUUUGUCUCUUGAUCACACCAACUUUAUGAUUCAAGUCGCUGCCCCUCAGCUGAUUCAGGAAGCUCCAGGGUAUGAGCAGAGGACAUUUGAGAGAGGUCUGCAGGAUGGAUCGCUUGAAUUAAGCAAGAGUCGGCGCUUCUGGCGCACGCAUCGUAAGAUCAUUGCCGACGAGAUGCGACGGCGCGACCCCGAGAACAUUCAUGGGGAACCUCAGCCCCCCGCUGCAAAAGUGUAUGCCCACGGCCUUGUGGACCUGGUUUUGAGCAACGCACCUGUGUUCGACGACCUGAUGCCAGAGACCUUGGAGCUGGACAGGCAGAGACUGAACAGAAUACACGCCCAAGCGUUCAAGAUUGUAGCCACUGCGUCGAUCUUGUUGACUGCCAAAAACCUGCUUAAACGCGAUGCACGCGCCCAAUGGAAGUCUGAAGCGGACCGAAUACUCUCACUGGAUUUUAAUGAUGUUCUUCCGGAACGGAUCCAGUCGAUCCUCGGGUCUACUCACCCUAUGCCUCCUAACGCGAGUUCCCAGCUUGCAGCCACGAUCAGGCGGGUCUUGUCACCGGUUGCCACGGCCUCUGCAGCGGCCUCUCUCACAGAAACCCGGACGUCGGUCGAGGUGAGAGAAGCGCCCGCGCAAGAGUCAUCAUCGUCGGAAUCAGUGAGUUCCGCAACGUCAUCUAGUAUGGCUGGUAGCAGUGCAACAAACUUUACAGAUCCUGUUGCGCGCCUUAUCCUGUCCCGUCUACGGGCACACGUGCUCUCUCGACUCAGCGCAUCGAGUGCGAGUGAACGGGUGCGCGCGACGAGUACCGCGAGUCAAAGUCUUGCAGGGGCAGGAAUGCCUGAAUUUGUGAGUCAAGUUGGUCAGUUGACAGAGGAGCUGAGCAAAGUGCGUGAAGUGGACUGGCUGUGCCAUGGCAUGAUAUACGAACGGAUGCUGGGCGAGGGUGUCCCAAUGAGUCCUGCGGCGUAG